GCCUCAGACAUGAGCAUUGACAUGAUGAGCCAGCAGGGGGCCCAGAUGGGCUUCACUCUAGCUCCACGAGACUUUAACGACGUCUACAACCCAGUGGUCUCGGAGUGGCUGGACGGUGAGCGCGAACAAGAGGGCCAGUGCAUUAAUGAUACAUUGCAUCCUAUAAGUAUGAAGAUGCUAGACCUUUCGAUUAGCACGUUUAUGGAUGACAUCACGAAGAUUACCAUGUUGCCUAUAGGUGCCUUACCCGAGGAGAUCGCAGAACAGAUGAACCAGGAUCACGAAGCAGUUAUCGCAGCAGUGUUCGGCACCUCGAAGAGUGACGCAGAAAUGGGAGCAGCCAGACUAGCACCAGGUAAGCGUAUCUGGGCCAAGAGUACACCGUGGGCAAAGCAGUUCGUCUCAGACAUGAAUGACCUUGCGAGCACGGAUCCUGACAUAUAUGCAUGGUGGCACGCGCGCGCGAACGACAUUAGCGUGUUCGACCCCAGCACAGAGGAAUACAGCAUGUGGAUCAG